AUGUCACAUAGAACUGAGUUAACUUCUCAAGAUAAGGGAAAAAUACUUGUAUAUAUGGAGAAUUUUAACCCUGCACAAAUAGCAAGAAAAAUGGGUCGUGAUCCCACCACAAUAAGAAGAAUCAUUGACAGAUACAAGAAGACAGGAAAAACUGAAAAUUUACCUAGAUCAGGGCCCUUACAACUGCUAAAAGAGCAUUACAUGAUGUUGGAAUUUAUUCUCAUGUUGCUGCAAAAAAAACCUUUUAUAUCAGAAAAGCAUGCAUUAGCUCGUAUUAGUUGGUGUGAGAAAUAUAAAGAAAGAACAGCUUAUGAUUGGGCACAAGUUAUUUUCUCAGAUGAAUCAAGUGUUGAGAUUGGCAAGCAGUCACGACAAAUAAGAGUUUGGAGACACAAGGGAAAGGUUUAA